AACAAACUACUGUAUAAAAAUUAAAUGUUUAAUUUGUGCUCUAAUAACAGUAAAUACAGCAACCUUGGAGUGGAAAUAGGGGAAAGAUUGAAGCUAUGCCUGUGGGUCAUACAUACCUUGAGUCACUGUAAACAGUAACGGAAGCAGCAGCAGUAAGUAGAAGUAGCAGAGUUUUUUUAAUUUUUAUCUAAUAAACCCUCUCAUCGAUCUCUUUUUCCCUAAACCCUCAAAAAUUCAGUACAAACUCCAAUGCCCGUCUCUCUCUCUCUCUCUAAUCUCUAGAUAGUUAGCUUCACUAUUUCAUUGCUUACGGGCUAGUUUUCCUAGGUCUCUCUGUCUGUUCUUCAUAAUAAUUCAAGCAAGUAGUACCCUUUUGUUCCUUACUUAUAAUCAUUUUCUUUGGGGUGUUUAUCAUAUUUUCAAUCUUUACUUUUUUAUAUGGUGGCAAUGGACUUAUAUGCUACAAAGGCAUAAGAAGAUGGACUUUCGGGGAUUCCCUUAACACCAGGAAAAAGGAGAAGGAGAAAAAGGAAAAUGCUUUCUCUAAGGGAUUUUUGGAGAAGGCAUAGGAGGAAAAUUAUUAUCGCGUCAGGUGUUUUAGGAAGUGGGUAUUUUCUGUAUAAACUAUAUAAUGCACACAAGUGCAGGCUUGCUGAACUGGAGAGAGAACUUGCCAGUAAUCGUGAACAUGAUGAGCUCAUUAAUGCCCAAGUGCUAGCCCAUUUUGAGAACAUUCAAAGAAUAGCUGAUACAACAACAUUGCCUCAUGCAAUGCACUAUUUAAGUAGCCGGAUAGCAGAAGAGUUGGACCUUUCUCAGCUUACUGAGAGGCUAAUGAAAGGCAAGGGUCAGCCCAAUGCUUUGACACCUUCAGAAAAACUUGAGCUAUGGGACAGACUCAAAAUCCUAAGUUUCACAAGACUGGUGGUCUCCUUAUGGGCAAUGACAAUGUUGAGCUUGUAUAUCAGAACUCAAGUAAAUAUUCUUGGAAGACAUUUGUAUCUUGCUACUGCACGCGUUCUUGGAAGCUCAGACUUAAUUGAGGAUAUUGAUCUAAUUGAAAGAGACGGCCAGCAAAAGUUUUUGGCUAGCUCUGACUUUUUUGCUAAUUCUGGCAUAUUGGCACUGAGUUCUGAUGUGCAAUUAGCAGCAGCAGAGGUUCUCAAGGGAAAACAGUUGAGGGAUUUCUUCAACACCGCCACCCUUCACGAAACUAUUAUGCAGAUACUGGACUUGUUAAUGAGCAGGGGAAGUCCCCAUCACUGGGUAGAAUACCUGAUGCCUGCAGAUGCUAGAUUUGAUAAACGACCUAUAGAUUCCAGCAGUGAUGACAUAAUAAUGACUGACGGUACGAAAUUUGAACAGCUUAUGGCAGAGGCUCGAGCAGUGAUAUCAAGUGCUGAAUUCCUUGGAGUUGUGGAGAAAUCACUGGAAGUAUCAGUGGAUGCACUUGUGGCUGACAUGGGCGCUGAGUCCAGUGGGGGCAGUCUUAUGGCUGGGAUGCCGCUGGCAAGACUUGUGCCGCGCGUUGCACAAAUGGGUCCAUUAUUACUUGAAGAACCAAGCCGAAAUCGGUUUCUCCAAAUCAUUUGGAGCAUACCACAAGUUGAAGGCUUCUUCAGUGCCCUUUAUGCGAAUCAAUGGGUUUUGCCUUCUUAGUCAUUUAAUUUUUAUUUUCAUACAUGGCCAGCAGUGUAAAGAAUUUGUAUGGUAUUAGGUGUGGUUUCACCAAAAUUUGAACUAUAUAAAUGGAACAAAAAUAAUAUUGAAAAUUCUCAAUUUUACUUAAUAAUAGUUGGUUGGUCUCAGUCA